GAAGCCUUCUUCUUCUUCACAUUUGUUGUUUGCUCUCUCAUUCUUCCUCCUCCCGUUUCAAAACUAAGCCUUUUUCUGUGUUGGGAUUUGUUGUAAAUUUCAUCUUCUGUGUGUUUUUUUUCUUCUUCUUCAGAUCUGUUUACAAACCCUUUCCUUUCCCUUAUAUUUUCUGCUUGGUGGUGUUUCAAGUGUUAGGAGAUAUAAACAAUGAGUAAAGAAGAGUUUAUGAAGAUCCAAACUUGUGUUCUCAAAGUUAACAUACACUGUGAUGGGUGCAAGCACAAAGUGAAGAAAAUCUUGCAAAAGAUUGAAGGGGUUUUUAAAACCGCCAUAGAUUCUGAGCAAGGUAAGGUAACAGUACUGGGGAAUGUAAAACCAGAUGUUCUAAUCAAGAAGCUAGCAAAAUCUGGGAAACAUGCAGAGCUUUGGGGUUCUUCAAAAGCUACCAACAACAACAACAACAAUAAUCAGAGUCAGCUUGCUAACCAGUUCAAGAACAUACAGAUGCUUGAUAAUGGUGGAAAAGGUGGAAACAACAACAAUGUCAGCAACAAUAACAAGAAGGAAGGGCCGAAAGGGAGCAACAAUAACCAGCAACCCAAAGGAGGCCAGCCAACGCCUCAACAAUUGCAGCAGUAUCUUCAACAGCUUCAACAAAUGAAAGGGUUUCAAGAUCUGAAGCAGCCUCAGUUGAAAGACAUGAAGAAUGGUCCUAUUUCCAACAACAACAACAAUCAGAAAGGUUUCAAGUUUGCUGAGGAGGAUGAUUUGAGUGACAACGACGACGAUUAUGACGAUUGCGAUCUCGAUGACGAUGAUUAUGACGAUGAUGAGUUGGAUGAUCCUCGUCAUCCGUUUAACAAAAUGAAGCCCGUGAUGGGAAAUGCUCCCAAGGGAUUACCCAACAAUAUGAUGAUGUUGAAGGGGAUGACGAAUGGUAAUCAUCCUCAGCUUAUGAAUGCCCAAACGGCAGCCCAAAACGGUGGACCGAACGGUAAAAUGGGUGGUGCAGCUGGCAAUGGUGUGCCUGUUGGCGGUGGUAACAAUGGAAACGGAGGUAAAAAAGGUGUUCUUGCCGGAGGUGAUAAUCAUGGGGGAAACCCAAAUCAAGGUGGUAAAAAUGGACCUCAGGAGGCAAACAAGAACGGUGGUCCAAACGGCGGCAAGAAGGGAAAUAACGGUGUUUCCGAUGGGUUCCCAACCAUGGGUGGCGGCCCUAAUGGUGGAAACAUGGGUGCUCAUCAAAGGGCAGCUGCCAUGAACAUGGCAAUGGGCCAAAUGGGGAGCUUACCCAUGAACCAAAUGGGUAACAUCCCAGCCGUCCAAGGCCUACCAGCAACCGCCGCUAUGAAUAACGGCGGAGGCGGUGGCAACGGCGGCGGAUACUUCCAAGGGGCGGGUCCGGAUGUUAUGCCGGGUAACCCAUACCAUCAACAACAACAGUACAUGGCGGCGAUGAUGAACCAACAACGAGCAAUGGGAGGACCAAGUGAAAGGUUUCAGCCCAUGAUGCAUGCUAGGCCACCGCCAGCUGUCAAUUACAUUCCACCACCAUACCCAUAUCAAUAUCAAUAUCCAUACCCGCAUCCAUACCCACACCCUCAACCCGACCCGUAUACCCACUUCUUUAGUGAUGAGAACACCUCAAGCUGCAGUGUUAUGUGAAGAAGAUAUUUGGAUUUAUUUUACCCUCAAAAAA